AUGAACGCUAUUCAAGCACCACAACAACCACCAGGGGUUGUUAAUCCAGUUUUUAUGAACAAUACUAGUGGCACUACCGCCACCACUAAUACCCCUACCGCACCCACAAAUAAUGCCAACUAUAAUAAUCCUACUAUUAAUGGCACAAAUAUUAACAAUAAUAAUAAGCCCACUAAUAACAUCAACACCACUACCACAACCACCAGAGCAUUAGAUGAUCCUAAUGUUUAUCACUGGAUAUGUCAACUGGCUUAUGGACCACAAAAGGAACAAGCCCUAUUAGAAUUGGGCAGGAAAAGAGAACAAUAUGAUGAUCUAGCUAUAGUUUUAUGGUGCAGCUUUGGUGUGAUUACAAGUUUAAUUCAAGAAAUUAUUUCAGUGUACCCACUUUUACAUCCGCCUACGCUAACCCAUCAGUUAAGUAAUAGAGUUUGCAAUGCUUUGGUUUUAUUACAAUGUUUAGCUUCCCAUAGAGAAACUAAGUUUAAGUUUAUUCAAGCACAGCUACCCUUUUACCUAUUUCCAUUUUUGAGUACAACCAGCAAAAAUAGAAGCUUUGAAUAUCUAAGAUUGACUUCCUUAGGUGUUAUUGGGGCACUAGUGAAAAACGAUAGCCCGGAAGUUAUACAGUUUUUGUUAAGGACAGAAAUAAUACCACUUUGCUUGAGAAUAAUGGAAACUUCUACUGAAUUAUCGAAAACGGUGGCCAUUUUCAUCUUGCAAAAGAUAUUGAUGGACGAUAAUGGCUUGCAAUACAUUUGUGUCACCCAAGAAAGAUUUAUGGCUGUAUCUACUGUUUUAACUCAUAUGAUUGACCAAUUAUCUGAACAGGUUGGAGGAACUGCUACUACAGGCAAUAUUAAUACUUUGCAAAUAAAUAAUAAUAAUAUAAAUUCUAAUUCUAAUACAAACACCAACACCAAUAACCCUACAACAAAUAUGUCACCUGGUAGGUUGUUAAAACAUAUUGUUAGAUGUUAUUUACGUUUAAGUGAUAACAUAGAGGCACGUCAAGUAUUAAAACAUGUUUUACCUCGUCAGUUAAUGGAUGAUACUUUUAACGAAAGCUUGAAAGAGGAUGUUAAUACUAAAAGAUGUUUGGCUCAAUUGUUGCUAACAUUGAAUGAAGAGAAUUAG